UGAAAACGGGGGAGGGAAUCCAGGCGGACGGACGGACGGGGGAGGAGAAUGUCUGGUUCCGGUCUCCAUGCCCUGUCCCGUGGCUGCGUGCGUGCUGAGCCUGAGCUGAGCUGCGAGAUGCGCCGGCAACCCAGAAAGCCUCGCCCGCCCUUUUGAUUCCCCCACGCCAACGCCUUUGCUGCCCCCUGCUCCGCUCCCCUCCGCUCACCGUGGGAGCCUGGGAUAGUUUCUCUCUUCUCGCCCCGCCGUUCCGUUUCGACUUAAAGCUCCUCUCGGGAGGGAGAAGCUCGCCCGCUCGUCUUGGUAGGAGGCGCGGGCCGCGUGACGUGACGGUGAGCGGCUCUCUCUCGCACGCCUACUCCGCUACUGCGGAGGAGGAGGAGGAGGAGGAGGAGGAGCAAGGCGACGUUUUCGCCGUUUCUGCCUUCUUCCUCGUCGUCGUCAGGUAUAAUUUUGGCACCGUGCAGAGCUCCUCGCCACUCUCCUGCGAAAUCUCUGAGCCCUAUUCAUUGCGCUGAGUGAGCUUGCUCGUUUCCGUUUCGCUGUCCUCUUUCGGCUGCAAUCAAUCUCAUCUCCCCCUUGUUGAUAAAGCAAGAACCAUGCGGAAAAUGGCAUCUUGGUACACCAAUCUUUGAUUCUAUUCCUCGAGCAUUAUCCCUAGAGCGAAUUUUUCUCUCCUCCCCGCUGCCAAAUCGGUUCUUUGCUCCAAUGGCUCCGGGAGCCGGGACGGCGGCGGCGGCGGCCAAGAACCCUACAAAAACCCUCGCCACUCUCCUCCUCCUCGUCCUCUUGCUCGCCGACCUCCCGCUCUGCGCCUCCCAGCCGCCGCUGCACUCCCAGCCCCUGUCCGCCACGCAGUCCCCGGCCGCGCCCCUCCCGCCGCCGCAGCCCAGGCCCCCCCGCGCGCAGGCCGGCGGCGCCGCGCACCUCCGCCGCAUCGCGCUCGGCGUGCUCCUCGGCUCGCUCGCCGGCUUCCUCCUCUCUCUCGCCUUCCUAUACGCCAUCCGUGUCGCCGUGCUCCACGCCGGGAACGCGCCGGCCGUCGCCAGGGGCCCCGUCUCCUUCACGCCGCAAAUCUCGCCCAAGAGCCUCCAGUGCGCGCUCCCCUCCGCGCGCCCGCUCGCGCGCGGGCCCCGCGGGACGUACCACAAGCUCGACCUCGACGGCGACCUCACCGUCGCCGUCAAGGUGCUCGACCUCGCCGCCGCCGCCCGCGCCUCACCCUCACCCUCGCCGUCGCCCUCGCGGCCGGCGAGCGGCUCCAAGUCCGACAUGCGGAGGGUGCAGCGGCAGCUGGAGCUGCUCGCCCGGGUGAGGCACCUCAACGUGAUGAGCCUCAAGGCCUACGUUCGCGAUGCCGACCGGCUCUCGCUCGUCUACGACUUCGUGCCGGGGGGCAGCCUCGAGGACGUGAUGAAGAGGGUGAGGUCGCAGCAGGUCAGUCUCAGCUGGGACACCAGGAACAGGAUUGCGGCCGGGGUGGCCAAGGGUCUGCGCCACCUGCACUUCGAGUGCAACCCCAGGAUACUGCAUUGCAACCUCAAGCCGUCGAAUGUGAUGCUGGAAGAAGGGUUUGAACCGGUGCUGGCGGAUUGCGGCGUUGCGAGGCUUAUCGAUUCCGGUUUGCCUGAUCCGGAGUCGUCCGGCAGCCUCUACGCUGCUCCAGAGUGCUACCAAAGUAACAGGUACACGGAUAAGUGCGACGUCUAUGCUUUCGGCAUGAUCCUCGGCGUUCUGCUCACCGGGAAAGACCCCGCGGACCCGUUUUUCUCGGGAGAAAGCGGACGGGGCAGCCUGGCGCGAUGGCUCCGUCACAUGCAGCAUUCCGGCGACACGAAAGAAGCGCUGGACAGCAGCAUUGUAGGGGAGGAGGUCGACGAGGAGGAGAUGGUGAUGGCCGUCAGGGUCGCCAUCGUGUGCCUCUCGGAGCUGCCCGCCGAUCGGCCAUCCAGCGAUGAACUCGUCGCGAUGCUGGCCCAGCACCACAGCUUCUAGCCACCUCCAUCAUCGUUCUAGCAGAAAAUUUCUUCAGAACAUCUUCCAUCGCGCCAGACGACGCCGAAUGGAGCUGGAUCGGACCCCGGCCGGCCAUACAGUCCCACCAUUUCAGCUUCUUGAGCUGAAUUCAGUUUGUCCAGAUGGGAACCAGCAAUGUAGAGGCCGAACAACAAGUGUGGCAAAAUAGCUUCAUGGCACAUGCUGGUGGUUGAGGUUCAUGUAAGAUGAUGAUGGUGAUGUUCUGGCCAUGAAUGAGCCUGGGGACAACAAAUGUGCAUAUAUGUAGACUGUAGUGUGUGUUCUCCAGAAUGGUGCAUAUCUAGUUGGAUCUCCCUUUGCUGUAGAGGGAGGGUGAUGUUUUGGCC